CUACAGCUCUGAAUUUCCCCCUCUGCCUUUUUCCUCAUGUCUUCCCAUCCCUUUAUGUUCCCAUGAUAUGUUUGUAGAGGACGAAAAAAGCAAAUACUUGGAGCCACACAUAUGUAUAGUUGUAUUGCAGAUGUGUCUCUAAACCAAAUUGCUAGAAUGGGCACAGAACUGCAGAAACAAAUGCAGAUUUGUUUUGUGCCUCAGACCUUCCUUUUAGUCUCAAGCAUGAGACCUUAUUGAAGGCAUUAAUGAGGAGGCAAAAUGAAAUGAAGCUUUAAACAGAAACAGCUGCAACCUUAGCUGUGGAGGAACUUGGAAUUAGGCAAUAGGACAGUUUAUUAAAAUAAGAGGGGAAAGCUGCUUUGCAGACCAAAAAAGAAAAAAAAAACCAAACAACACAAACCCAUCAACAACAAACCAACAACAGAAAAAAACCCAACAAAACACCACCCACAAAAAAACCUCAUUUGGAAACAUUACCUAAAACCAGAACACCUCCCUUUGAAAGGGGAUGUACUUUUGUGCUGUUGCUCUUUAUGAACUUUAUGAACUUAUGAACAAAGCCACAGAGCAGAGAACUGUCUACUCUGUUGGUGAAAUCAGAAAGUGCUGCCAUAGAGCAUUUACCUGCACUGGCUCCAGGACCCCAGAGAGAACAACACAACCCUGCACUAAGGUUUGAGAAAAUGCAGCAUGAGGAGAAAAUAACCAAAUAAACCUUGUGUCAUGCUAAAGCACUUUUUUUUUUUUUCCAAAUAACCUUUUUCUAGGGAAAUUUUCUAGGAGCUGCCUGCAACAGUUCUGGGGAGACUGGAGGGUUUGUGGAGAUGGUGGGUUUUCAAAUCAAAACAAGGAUGCUCAGGCCCCAUGGAAUCAGCAGUCUGAUUGUGAGUUCAUCUGAGACUGGGGAGGUUCACCACUUGCACAGGAGUUGUCCUCGAGUAUCUUCCACUUACUCCAUAAAUAAAAGUACAGGUCAGGAAGAAAAACAGGAUUUCGUGUUGUGUGUUUUGCUUUCCGACUCAAAAAAUGUAGCAGCUGUAGCGUUCACUGACACAAUAGCAACAAAACCCACCCAUGAAGCUCAAGGUUACUCAAUAAAGUUUAAACACUAAGUAAAUUACGAUGUCCGGCAUCCAGAAAGAACCUGACAAGCAUCGCUGCUGAACUUCCCCAGUGAGGGAGGAAGACUCUUAAAAAUUCCCAGCUAGAAGACGCAGGAGUCCGAUUCUGGAGCUGAGGGGCUGCUUCCUUCACUCCAGGUGAGGAAGGAGCUGGCUGCCCUUAUGGGGCUGCAUGGUAUUGUCCCUCUCUGCGCAUUCUGUUUCUGCAUUUCUUUACAAUUUUGCUUUUCCCAAGUUUGUUCUGUCUCUCUGGUAAAUAUUUCCGUGCCUAUGCUUGGAGUGAGAACAGAGAAGUCUCAGUGGCAGGUAAACACGUUCAAUUACUUGUCCUGAGGAGCCUUAGCUCCACCGGUCCCAUUCCUUUCUUUUUCUGUGGCCAUGAGGUGCUCAGCAGAAGACUCAAAGGUCUCGGUGACCAGUGCUGCCCGUGGGGCUCACGUCCAUGUGCCCUCAAAGCAGGUGUUUCAUAGGAUGGGAAGAGAGACGUGGGCCAGAACACAGUUACAAGUCGAGCUCCGCUGAAGCCCCUGUCCCGUGUGCUGCACAAUGUAAGUAUGCUGUUUAUUGCUGGAAGUUUUUCCCGGAGACAUCAUCUCUGCCCGCCACAGCCGGGGGUUCCGUAAGGAGCAGCCGGGGCCGGAGCGGGACGCGGGGCAGGGCUCAGAAGGGUCAGACCGAGGCUUGGCUGCACCUCGGGAACGAUCGCUCCGGAAAGCAGCUGCCUGCCGCUACUCGGUCCCUCCCCAAAACGCAGCGGCACCGUCCCAGCAGCGCCGUGCCCGCGCACCCGGCGGGGCUGCCUCGCCGCGCCCCCGACGUGGGCGAACCGCGGCGACACCGGGGUGCAGCGGCACCGGGAGCGGCCCCUCCCGCCCGUGUGGGGAGGCACACGGGCCCCGCCACCGCCGGACCCGACGGGCAAAGUGACCGCGCCGGCGGCAGCCCCGGAGCAGCCCCAGCGCCGGACGCCGCCAUGAGCCCCGCGGUGCCGCCGUCGGGCCGCGCCGCCGGGGGCUGAGCCCGGCCCGGGGGACGGCCCGGGAGCCGCUCCGCGCCGCCGUGGCGGGGGCCGGAGGCAGAGGCAGCGAGAGCCCGGGCAGGACCCCCGGCCGCCCCGCCGUGCCCGGGGCAGCGCCCGCCGCGAUGUCGGCGCAGAGCCUGCUGAGCAGCGUCUUCUCCUGCUCCUCCUCGGCCGCCGCCGCCCCCGCCAAGAGCCUCUCCAAGCGGAGGCUCCGCCAGACGCGCAGCCUCGACCCCGCCAUCAUCGGCGGCGGCCGGGAGGACGGCGAGGGCGCGGGGCGGGCGCCGCGGGCGCGGGCCGCCGGCAGCCCCCCGGGGGAGCGCCGCGGUCCUCGGGGCGCCCCGCCGGCCCCCGGCGCCUCCUUCUCCACCCCGUGCACCCCGCUGGAGCGGUCGCCGCCGGGCAGCGCUCUCUUCGACGAGGAGAGCCUCCGCGGGAAGCGGAGCCCGGGCUGCGAGCUGCCCUUCCUGGCGCGCACCCCCUCGGCCCUGGCGCUGAGCGGCACCGCCGGCUCCGCCAACAGCAUCUUCUCUUCGCCCCGGCGCUGGCUGCAGCAGAGGAAGGGGCAGCCCUCGCCGCCCGAGCCUCGCCCCGCCGCCUACGUCGUGUGGAAAUCCGAGGGUGAUUUCACUUGGAACAGCAUGUCAGGGCGCAGCGUUCGGCUGAAGUCAGUUCCCGUUCAAAGCCUCUCGGAGCUGGAGCGUGCUCGGCUGCAGGAAGUGGCUUUUUAUCAGUUGCAGCAGGACUGUGACCUGGGCUGUCAGAUUACUAUCCCCAAAGAUGGACAAAAGAGGAAGAAGUCAUUAAGAAAGAAACUGGACUCUUUAGGAAAGGAGAAGAACAGAGACAAAGAAUUUAUUCCCCAGGCUUUUGGAAUGCCUUUGUCUCAAGUGAUUGCUAAUGACCGGGCCUACAAGCUCAAGCAAGACUCUCAGAGAGAAGAGCAAAAAGAUGUUUCAGAUUUUGUGGCCUUUCUCUUGCCAUUUGGAACUAAAAGACAGAACAAAGAACUUUCAAGCAGUAACUCAUCUCUCAGCUCAACCUCAGAAACACCGAAUGAAUCCACUUCUCCCAACACACCUGAGCCAGCACCACGAGCAAGGAGGCGUGGCGCAAUGUCUGUGGACUCCAUUACAGACCUUGAUGACAAUCACUCAAGAUUGCUGGAGGCUCUCCAGCUCUCUUUGCCAGCAGAAGCCCAGAGCAAGAAAGAAAAGGCAAGAGAUAAGAAACUAAGCCUGAACCCUAUUUACAGACAGGUUCCCCGGCUUGUAGAUAGCUGCUGCCAGCACUUGGAAAAGCAUGGUCUCCAGACAGUAGGAAUAUUCAGAGUUGGAAGCUCAAAAAAGAGAGUAAGACAGUUACGUGAAGAGUUUGACCGAGGCGUAGAUGUUGUAUUGGAUGAGGAGCACAGCAUUCAUGAUGUUGCUGCCUUGUUAAAGGAAUUUCUGCGUGACAUGCCUGACCCACUUCUUACCAGAGAACUUUAUACACCUUUCAUCAACACUCUCUUAUUAGAGCCAGAUGAACAGCUCAGCACCUUACAGCUUCUCAUUUAUCUUCUACCUCCUUGCAACUGCGACACCCUGCACCGCCUGCUGCAGUUCCUCUCCACAGUAGCUGGCCACGCAGAAGACACCAGAGACAAGGAUGGCCAAGAGAUUACUGGCAACAAAAUGACAUCGCUUAACCUGGCCACCAUCUUUGGCCCUAACUUGUUGCACAAGCAGAAAUCUACAGACAAAGAAUUCUCCGUUCAGAGCUCAGCUCGAGCUGAAGAGAGUACUGCUAUCAUAGCUGUUGUGCAAAAGAUGAUUGAAAACUAUGAAACCCUUUUCAUGGUUUCUCCUGAUUUACAGAAUGAAGUGCUUAUUAGCUUAUUAGAGACUGACCCAGAUGUCGUAGACUAUUUGCUGAGGAGGAAAGCUUCCCAGUCAUCGAGCCCUGAGAUGCUGCGGUCAGAAGGUUCCUACUCCACAGGAGAAAGACAUUCUUCCACAGACUCCAACAAAGCUUCCAGUGGUGAUGUCUCCCCUUAUGACAACAACUCCCCGGUGCUGUCGGAGCGCUCGCUGGUGGCCAUGCAGGAGGAGGUUGCCUGCAGCCCAGAUCAGCUGUACAAGGUACCUGAGCAGUACACGCUGCUUGGACACCUGCAAACCAAGCCCAAGGAGAAUUCUCCUGCCUCGCAGGCUGGAACAGAUGUUUCUGAAGAUCAUUUUGAUAUCUGGGGCACUUGGCAUUCAACACUGAAAAGCGGCUGCAAGGAUCCAGUAAUCACAGGUUCUCACGGGAACAUUUUCGAGAGCAGCUCGCUGCGCCCCGGACAGUGCUCUCUUUCCCAGGGGAACCUCGCCGCGGGCUCCCCUCGCUGCCAGGGCGGCUCCUCGGAAGCGGCCGGCGGCCGGCAGCCCAUGCGGAGGAGCCAGACCAGCGCGGCCAUUGCCGAGUGCCAGCCGCCGGCUCGGCUGUGCGCUGACCCGCGGGGUGACGCUGCCUGCGGGCGCUCGGCCCUGCCGCACUCCAGGUCGGAGCAGCACUUGACUCUGGGCGCUGUGGAGGACCUCGGCGGGCACGCCUCGAACGCGGGUUAUUCCCAAAGCGCGGCCCAGCCCGCCUACAGGAAAGAGCGGCCGCCACCCCCUUACCCAGGCCCGGCAAAAACGAGCCCUGCCGUGCCGCAGCGGCCCGGCGUUUCCUCAGCGCUGCACUCCUUGUGGAGACUCCAGCGCCCAGAAAAAGGCUCGGGAGCAGCGGGAGGGCCACCGGGCAGAGCCCCUGACCAGGCCGCCUCCAGGCAGGAGCAGCCGGCCCCGCACACACAAGCGGGUCACGACUAUCCCACAGCACCUCACAGCCAGAACAGUAAAAGCGUUUCAGAGGCGGACUGGAAUGAGUGGCAAAGGGAAAGGUGGCAGAUUUGGGAGCUGUUAUCGGCUGAUAACCCUGAUGCCCUCCCAGAAACCCUUGUAUGAUCUGACUCUGUGGAACUGCCGCUCAUACUCACACCUCAUGGGAAAACAACGGUGACAUUGGAAAACAGGGAGGGCGUGUUUGUUUAUACCAACUGAAUUGCAUAUACUUUUUUAAAACUUUGUUCACUUUAAUUUCUCAACAGCACUGUCAAGCAGUUAAUUUACAAAUACAGUAUGUUCCUGUUUUUCAGCAAGCUUUUGAGGAAAAAGAAGGUGAAAACUUUCGUUUGAUAUCUCUGUAUGCAUAUGCUGUGUAUAAGAUAAAACUGUUGCUUUGAUGUUGCUAAAAAUGUAUUUAUAUAUCUGCAGUUUUGAUGAUUGUAUAUUCUGUAAUGGGUAUUGUAUGAUAAUCAUUUUAUGUUUUCAUAUACAGAUGUCAAUCAAUCGUGACUGCUUUUUAAAAAAAAUCACUGCACUUACAUUACCAUGGUAUGCAUUGGAAUUCUAUAGAAAGUGCACAAGCUGGUUUCUGUGCUUAUAUAUAUAUUAAAAAAAAAAAGCUGUUAAAGGGGAAAGUUGUACUUCUUUUCACUGCCUUUUGAAAAACACUAAAAUAAAGUGGAACAUGAAAAGCCAUAUAUUUUAUAAGGGUAGUAGUGAGCAUAGAGGGGGAAAUGCAAAAUAUUUUUUCUUAUACAUAUAUUUGAAUAAAACUUUAAAAUUUGACACAAGAUUGUAAAAGUAUUUUUUUAGAUUCUGGUAGGAAGCAGCUCAGACAAUCUAAGAACAACAUUGUGCCUAAACUAACGAAGUAUGUAGUGCAAAGUCUGCCCUCCCAUUCUAAAGGAAAACCAAUGUUAUAUAUGCAGGAUAUAAUAUAUAUAUUUAUAAAUGUAUGAUUUUAUGUAUUGUUUUAAAACAAUAAACUGGAAUCCAAAUUUUAGAAAACCAGACCUAAUAAAUUGAGAUGCGUAACACUGAAAAAUAAAAUGGCUUUUCCUUUGAAAUACCAAAGCUCCAGCAGUAAGAAAGUAAGAGAAAGGAAAGAAAUGCAGACAGAGACAUAAAAAGGGGUCAGGUAGAGUUUCAGAACUGAACGUGACAUUUGGAGGAGCUCACAACUGUGUUUCUAUAAAUGUUGUGCCAAAGAGCGGGUCAGUCACAGUUCCUCGGUGGCUGUGUGUUGCCUUGUGUUAAAUGUUGCUGUUUUGUACACGCUGAUUUUCAGCUGCAGAGCCGUUUGUGGGCAGCGGGUGGCAAUGUACUGCAGCGUUCCAGAGGAAUUCCUUCUCAGCACUCCGUGAGGAAAAGUGUGUCAUAUCAAAAGAAUUUUAUAAAACAUGUCAGUCUUAAUUUUAAUGAAGACUUGUUCAGUGAUGUUGUCUUUAAGUUCUAUCUUGUGCCAUAAUGAUGGAAUAAAAGGCUAAGUAAAACAAU